CGCACAUCGAUGGAGGCAUGGCGCCCGAUCGGGGCUCGUCUGGUGGAGAAGAGGACGAUGAUCAUGCAGACGUCUUCUUUGAUGCUUCUUCCUCACCGUAUCCCCCAUCCCUCGCUGUCGUGACGCCGCAACAGAAGCAGCGGGCCUGGACGCAGCGCGCAGGCGCGCUCGCCGGUCCAUCCGGGCCUUCCACUUCCUCCCCUUCUGCCCUUCCGAGAGCCAACUUUCCACCAUUAGGGGCCCAGGGCCCGUCCAAGGCUGCCCAGAGGAGGCGUCGGCUGUUCCAGCAUAGCUCCCAGACGGCAAGAUCGUUUGAUGCCUACCCGCCGCGGGCAGAUGAGCUCGUGGAGCGCGAGCGGAGACGGCUGCAGGAAGGGGAAGACGGAGCGGAGGAGGGAGCCGGUGUGGAAUCGGGGCCGAGGCAGGUAUCGGGCAUGUCGAGCGUCGUCAUCUACGACGAGGCCACCAAGAGGGUCUUGAACACGGCCAUGCCUGACAUCUAUCGUCGGGGAGGCACGCGCACUGGGAAACAUACAGGACGAUGGCAGAGAACAGCAAAAGACGGCGCGCCGAGCGGCAAUGACGGCAGCAGCGGCGUGAACGCGGAAGAAGUAGUGACGGAGGAAGUGGAUUUGGGACCGCUUCCUGAUCUUCCGGCAGAACGAUUGACCAUGGAAAGGCUCGAGAGCCUCAUUGCCGCGAGCGAGCGUCAAAUCCGGAACAGGGCGCUGGACAGUCGGCUUAGCAAGAUGAAGCUGAGCAGCACCGCUGGGGACGAUUGCACCGACGCCGGGGAAACAGAAGAAGAAGAAGAGGAGGAGGACGUGCUCAUACAGGAGCUUCGCAAGGCAUUCUGUUCUCCACAGCAUCUCAAAGCCGCCUUUGGCAUUGACAACAAGUAGCGGCAGAGGGAGAAACGCAUGUAUGUACAGUAUGAUGCUUGCAGACUACAUUCUAUCUGUAUUGUAGCAUCGGGCGAUCGACGACCCGAGGAUAUAUAAUACGGAGGUGGAACAAGGAGACCGGACGC